GCGGCGGGGCGCAAAAAAAGCAACCAAACAUUGGGGCCAUAUUGGAAAAUAAUCAAAUUAAACCAAUUAAGCCUGAAUGAGAAACGAGCAUGGACCGCACGGUAAUUGCACCCUGGAAGGCCGAGGAGAAGGAGCAAAGCGAGAAGCUGCACAAGAAGCUCCAGGGCCUGGCUCUACUCUAUCCAAUGGGCGAGGAGAUGCGAAAGCUGCUCUCCUGGGACAUGUUCCUCAAGCCGAAUCAGGCGGCGUUCUUUCAGGUGAUGUACUAUCUGUUCCGUUUGCUGGAUCCGGCGGAGUUCAAGCGGCGCUUUUUCUGGCCAAUUACUGACAAAAAGGCGGAGGCCAAUUUCCGCUCCUGCACCGUGGAGUACCUGAAGCACUUGAACGAGAAGCAUCAGUUGCAGUGGGCGAACAUCAAGUCGUAUUUGGUGGUCAUGCCCGGUGGCCAUAAGUUCAUUAACUUUAUGCUGGACCUUGUCGGCUUUGUGGUCCAGGAGCUGAUCAAGCAACGUGAAAAAAUCUUACUCGUGGACACGAGUUCAUCCCAUCUGCGGGACUUGAAUGUCAAGGUGAUGGGCAGGCAGAAUUCCCUCCUGAAGGAGUAUGCAUCGUCGUAUGUGGAGGAAAUGGAACGGAAUGUGGCUCUUCUGCGAGAGAGUACCCUUAAAAUAAGACAAAUCAUUUCGGAGAUUUCCGUCAUCACGGAGAUACCCGAGAAACGUCUGUACGACAAUGUCUUCCUGGAAGAGUUUGUGGCAAGCAAUCGACUGGCUGUGCAACAUCAGAUAUCUGCGCCGGCUGCCACCAAUGCCACACUAGAGUCACCGCUCAGGGACCUCAAAGAGAAGAUCGAACGCUUCCAGGCCAAGCAGGCAGAGCACAAUCAAAACAAAGCAGCCAUGGACCAGACAUUAACCGACAUGCGCCAGCUCCUCGACAGCGAUGCUGAGCCGAUGUGCGCCUCCAAUGUAGAUGCCCUGGUGGGCGCCUUCAACAGAGUAAGUGAUACGAUUGCGGAGCAACUGGAUGCCAACGACCACUACAACGAAUCCAACGAGGUCGUGACCAAAGAACUGCAAGCGCUGCGCCUUGAACUGGCGGAGAUGGAGAGUCAGGUGACCAGAGUUCAACGGAAAUUGAAUGCUCGGCUCAGAGAGGAAAAGACCGGCAGCAGCAGCAGCCUUCAUCAGGCGCAGACGCAGCUUCAACAGUCAGUGGCUGGCACUCCGCGCCUGGAUAUGCGCGCCCAUGGCAUCGCCAUGAAGCUGGUGUCCACGCCGCCCAUUCGAUUCGAUUUGGCCAGCGGUAAUCUGCGCACGGCGCACGUCCGGCUGCCCCUGCAGGAUGACUUUAAGGCCAAACAACUGGACACGUUCAGCAACAGUUUACUGGCCCCUGCACCGCCACGAUCAGCGCGCAAAAUGAAAUCCCUUGACCAGUCCAGUGAUCUCAGUUGCACCCUGAACCGAUCCAGGGUGGCCAAUCCCAUGCAGCUGUUGCGCACCAUCGGCAAGUCCACGGCCAGACCCUCAGUGUCAGUCACGCAGCAGCAGCAGCAGCAGCUCAAUCUGUCAUCGCUGGGCAGCAAAUGGAAGCAGAUGCAGGCCUCGUUCGGCUUUGACGAUGCCCCAGGUGGAAUUGUUGUGCCCGUGCCCACUGUAGUAGCAUCCCCUGCAGAAUCUUCCCCUGCCGUCAGCGAGCCAUUGACGCCGUCGAGCUGCAAUGAUUGCACACGCAUUGAGCGCAUUCCCCCCCGGUCUUCCAAUGCCAACAGCUCGCUGGUGGCCAAGAGUGCGGCUGUGAGGAAGGUGCUGGAUCUCUCGCGCAAUGUCCAGAAUCUCAGUACAUCGCCGUCGGGCCGGCUGGAUCCGUUAGUGCCCGAAACGCCACUCCACGAACCGAUGCAACAACAAAUAAUGCCACGCGUUCUGCUCAACGACCGGACAAUGGAUCAGUUCGAGGACACCUUCGACAAUAAGGAGAAUGAAAUGAACGCCUUGAAUGAUGAAUCGAAGAACUUUGCUCUUCAGCUUGACGUUGGGGAUGACCUGCUCGACACCAGCGAUAGCGUGCUGAAGGAUGUUUCCAUGUAGCGACGGACUGGGGGCCAUCAUAGAUACCCGCCGGCUUUGUGUGUUUGUGGCAGUAUUUAAUGUUUAUUAUUUUAUGUAUUCGAAAUUUAUAAAACUUAUGUUCUAGCAUUUAUCUCUUGUCGCGCUUUCGCUCUGCCAUACAAAAAUCAGACUUUCCAAUGAA